AUGUCCAAGCUAAUUGUCGUGGCCGGUAUCACCGGAGUUCAGGGAGGUUCUGUUGCAAGAACAUAUCUCAACGCACCUGGAUGGAAAGUACGCGGUGUCACGCGUAAUAAAUCCUCGGACAGCGCUAAAUCCUGGGAAUUCAAAGGAGUCGAAAUGGUUGAGGCCAACCUGGACGACGUCACCUCACUCAAAUCCGCUUUCCAAGGAGCUGACAUCAUCUUCGGUGUUACCGAUUUCUGGACCAUUUUCAAGGACCCGGAGAGCAUAACAAAAAAGAAACCUGGUCAAGAUAUUACCGAAUAUUGUUUCGAGGUCGAACUUCAACAGGGGAAGAAUCUCGCAGAUAGUGCAGCUAGCAUCCCAGCCUUGGAUCGAUACAUCUUCAGCUCCAUGGCAAAUGCGACACAUUGGAGCAAAGGAAAGUACCGUGAGCUCUACCAUAUGGAUUCAAAGGCGCUCGCUGUGGACUAUGCAAAGAGUCUUCCCGGCCUAAAAGAGAAGUUUUCCCAAAUCCAGGCCCCAAUAUAUUUCAACUUGCUAUGGGAAUGGAGCCUGCCUACGACUCCUGUCAAGAAUUUGGAUGGCACUUAUCGCAUCAAAGGAAUCGGCAGUGGCGACCUGCCCAUCUCAUUUGGACAUGUAGCCAAGGACUUUGGACCAUGUGUACAAGCAGUAGCGAAUGCAAAACCAAACACAAACCUUUUUGCUGUUGGUGAUGAAAUUUCAUGGAACCAAUACCUUGACACGUGGUGCGAAAGCCAGAGUGUCUUGAAAGGUGGAUACGAUGAGCAUUCUCUGGACUGGUGGAUGGAAACACUCCCAGGACUUGGCAGAGAGUUUGGGGAGAAUGUUCUUUUCAGUAUGGAAUUUGGGUAUGAUGGAAAGGACCCGAGCGUUAUUCGUCCACCUCAGCUUGGAUUGAAGAUGACUACCUUUAAGGAGUAUUGUGCCGAGACUGACUUCUCGCGUAUACUGCAGAGAUAG